AGCACCACCAUGCAGCGCCACGGAAGGCCCUCCGUGCUGCUAUUGCUGCCGCUGUCCCUGCUGCUGGGGGCGUCCACCGCUGCUCCUCUGGCAUCAAGACCCUCCAAGGAGGAGCUGACCCGCUGUCUGGCAGAGGUGGUCACAGAAAUGCUGACUCUGGGUCAGGCCCAGCGAGGCCCCUGCAUGGCUCUCCUCCACAAAGAGCUGUGUGAGACAGAGCCCUACAGCUGUGUGUCCUCUGAGGAGAAAGGCCUGCUGGUGAGUGAUUUCAAGAAGCGGGAGGCUGGGAAGAUGAGGUCCAGCCAGGAAGUGAGGGAUGAGGAAGAGGAGGAGGCAGCAGAGAAGACCCACAAGUCUGAGGUGCGGGAACAGGCCAUGCACGAGCAUCUCCACAGCCGGCUCCACCAGGAAGAGGACCAUGAGGAGGCACAGGAGGAGGAGGAGGAGAAGGAGGAGGAGAGAGGAGGAGGAGGAGAGAAGGAGGGAGAGGAGAAGGAGGAAAAGAAAAAAAGGGGGCCCAUGGAGACCUUCGAAGGCCUGUGGAAGCGGUGGCAAGAGGAUGGAGGGGACCCCCAGAAGCGGGUGGCAGAGCAGGCCAGUGAAGAGGAGAUGGCCCAGUUCAAGGCCAAGGAGAAGGGCGUGCACGUGCUGGGAGGGGGCAGCAGCCUGUGGCAGGGGGCCAAGGGCCGGGGAAGAGAGAGGCACAAGGACUCGCUGUACCACCACCACCGCCAGCCAGAAACCGAGUCCACGCAGGAGGAGAAGGAAGAGGCUUUGGAGAGGGAGGAGCAGGAUGUGGAGCGGCUGGAGCACGUGAGAGAGGAGCUGAAGAAGGCAGCGGAGAUGCUGGGGGAGGAGCUCAGGAGGGAGGGAUGACUCGACCUCAUGUCCUCCUUCCUGGCACACCCUAUGGCUUAGGACUAGUGACCCCGAAAACCCCCACCUCAUCUGGCGCCCCUGCCUCUCCCCAACCUGCAGGAGUGAGAGAAGGGUGUGCCUUGGAACCAGGCCUGAGGGGCCACGUCUUCGCUGAAUAAGGGGGUGGGUUUAGACCGACUCAGGAAGCACUCUGCCACCCACAAACCCACUCCAACCCUCCUGAGUGAAUAAAGCACAAAGAAAACCACCAC